AUGGAGACCGAAAUGAGCGAAUCGGGUUCGGGCUCGAAAAUUUUGGGUCAAGAAAACGGGUCUGGUUCCGGGAGUAUGAGAGCGGAGAUUGAUACAUCGGCCCCGUUUGAGUCAGUUAAAGAAGCAGCGAGUCGGUUCGGUGGAAUCGGUUUCUGGAAACCCUCUCAACAAAAAUCAGAGGACUUUGAAGUUAUUGAUAUUGCAAAAGUGGAAGAACAAGCAGCACUGCUGGAAAAAGACCUGUUUGUGAAAGAAAGGGAAACACUAGAUGUUUUAAAAGAAUUAGAAACUACAAAAGCAAUUGUUGAAGAGCUUAAGUUAAAGCUACAGAAGCAAGCAACUGAAGUUGAUGCAACCCUAGAGUCAAGAGAUGAUAGAAAUGAGACUUCUAAUUUUGGUGAAGAAAAGAAGGAUAACCUUGAGAAACUCAAGGGCGAUCAUCAGAAUUUGAUGGGAGGUUUGAGCUCAUUGCCUUCUUCAGCUCCUGGCUUGAUUUUAAUGGAACUCAAACAGGCCAAGUUGAACCUUUCUAGAACUACUAAUGAUCUUGCUGACACUCGAACUUCUGUUGAACUACUUAACAAGAAAUUAGAGAAGGAAAGAAUUUCACUUGAAAAGACUCGUGAGAGGUUGACCCUGAAUUCCUCAAAGAUAUCAUCUCUUGAGGAAGAACUGAACCAGACAAAACAAAAGCUUCAACUGGCAAAAGAUGCUGAAAUGAAUAGUGUUUCUGAUAAUCCUUUGGCUAUUUCAAGGGAGCUUCAGCGACUGAGUUCUGAGGCAGAGCAGUUCAGGAAAAUGGGAGAUGCAGCGAAAUCCGAAGUUUUGAGAACUAUAUCUGAGAUUGAACAAACAAAAAGUAGGAUAAAAUCAGCGGAGAUCAGUUUGAUUGCUGCAAGAAAAAUGAAGCAAGCAGCUAGAGCAGCAGAAGCUGUUGCUCUUGCAGAGAUCAAGGCCUUGUCAAGCCAUGAGAACUCAUCCGGAAACGCCAUACAAAAACCUGAAGGAGUAACUCUUACUUUUGAAGAGUACUCGUCGCUAACCUUCAAAGCUAGAGAAGCUGAGGAACUUUCCAAGACUAAGGUAGUAGAUGCCAUGCUUCAAGUUGACGAAGCAAAUGUUUCAAAGAAGGAAGUCUUGAAGAAAGUGGAGGAAGCCACAGCAGAAGUCAAAACCAGCAAGAAGGCCUUGGAAGAAGCACUAAGCAGAGUUGAAGCUGCAAAUAAGGAAAAGCUGGCAGUUGAAGAGGCCCUGCGCAAGUGGAGAUCCGAGCAUGGGCAGAAAAGACGCUCCAUCCACAACUCUACUAAGUUUAAAAACUCUCACCCAUCUCACCAUCGGAGAGAUUCUCGCUUGCUCGAUGUGAAUGGACUGAACCUAGUAAGUGAUGGAUCGAUGCCAGUUUUAAAGCCGACCCUAUCAAUAGGGCAAAUACUUAGCAGGAAGCUACUUUUGCCUGAAGAGUUUGAGACAGGGGCAAUGGCAGAAAAGGGUACUGUGAAACGAAAGGUGUCAUUGGGUCAAAUGCUUGGUAAACAAAAUGGUGAUGUACCCUCAAGUUGGAAGGUUGAUAAGGAGAACUGUCAGAAGCAGUUUUCUGGAAAGAGAAAGAAGUUUGGAUUUGCUCGGUUCUCACUUCUAUUGACAAAGCAAAGCAAGAAAAAGAAGAAGCCAACUCCAAACUUGAGGUAA